AUUUCAUGACUAUCACGAGUCAUGUACAAAAAAGGAAGGUGAGCCUUCAUAUUUGUGAAGUCCGUGAUGAUAAGCGCGGCAUAAAUUGGGAGAAUUUCAAUCAAGAUCCAAGUUGUUGGAAACAAAAUGAAAAUAAAAUAAAAAAGGUAAGAGAGCGCCGUAACGGACCCAAUCAGUCCCACCGCACUUCGCGGUCACGGUCACCAUCCAUAUAUAAGCGCCUCCCUGCGUUUAGAUCUGCUUCAUUCUGUGCUCAUCCCAGUCUUGUAACGUUUAAACCGCGGUCUUAUUCCCUCUUGUCUCAGCGGAAUUUCUCCGAACACAAGGAGAUCUCUGGAAUUCGACUCCGGUGAUCAUGGCGUCCGCACUCGGAUCGACCGCUGACAAGCUCUCCGACCUCCACAUCAAUGGAGACUUGGCUUCAUCUGUUCCGAAUCUUCACAAGAACCUCGGCCUUCUCUCCCCGGACCAGAUUGAACUGGCGAAGAUGCUGGUGGAGAUGGGGCAGAGGCAUUUGUUUGAGAGUUGGCCUGGGCCAGGAGUCGAUGAUGAUGAAAAGAAGAGUUUCUUUGAUCAGGUUGCUCGGCUCAAUUCAAGCUAUCCUGGGGGUUUGGCAUCAUAUGUUAAAACUGCUAGAGAGCUCUUAGCAGAUUCAAAAGCAGGAAAGAACCCAUUUGAUGGCUUUACACCUUCUGUUCCAACAGGAGAGGUUCUGACUUUUGGUGAUGAUAUCUUCAUUAAUUUUGAAGAGGCAGGUGUGAGGGAAGCAAAGAAAGCUGCAUUUGUUUUGGUUGCAGGUGGGCUUGGGGAACGACUUGGAUACAAUGGAAUUAAGGUGGCUCUUCCAUCAGAGACCACCACAGCGACAUGUUUCUUGCAGCUUUACAUUGAGUCCAUUCUAGCUCUUCAAGAAGCUAGCUGUAGACUAACACAAGGUGAAUGUGGAACACAGAUUCCUUUUGUUAUAAUGACCUCAGAUGACACACAUGCACGCACUUUAAAACUGUUAGAAUCAAAUGGUUAUUUUGGAAUGAAACCUGAGCAAGUAAAACUUCUUAAACAGGAAAAAGUAGCAUGCUUAGAUGAUAAUGAUGCAAGACUUGCGGUAGAUCCUCAUAACAAAUACAGAAUUCAGACGAAACCUCAUGGCCACGGUGAUGUGCAUUCACUUCUCUACUCCAGUGGUCUUCUAAAUGUUUGGCACAAUGCUGGUUUGAGAUGGGUUCUAUUUUUCCAAGAUACAAAUGGACUUCUAUUUAAGGCGAUUCCAGCAGCAUUGGGUGUCAGUUCCACCAGAAAAUUCCAUGUUAAUUCUCUUGCUGUCCCUCGCAAAGCAAAAGAAGCUAUUGGUGGAAUUACGAAGCUCACUCAUGCUGAUGGGAGGACAAUGGUGAUUAAUGUAGAAUACAAUCAGCUUGAUCCUUUACUUCGAGCAACUGGAUAUCCUGAUGGAGAUGUAAAUUGUGAAACAGGCUAUUCUCCUUUUCCUGGGAAUAUAAACCAAUUGAUUUUGGAUCUUGGCCCUUACAUUGAAGAGCUUACAAAAACAUGUGGUGCUAUAAAGGAGUUCGUUAACCCAAAAUACAAAGAUGCUAGUAAAACCUCUUUUAAGUCCUCAACUAGACUGGAGUGUAUGAUGCAAGAUUAUCCAAGAACAUUGCCUCCAUCAGCAAGGGUUGGAUUCACAGUGAUGGAUACAUGGCUUGGUUAUGCUCCUGUAAAGAACAACCCUGAGAAUGCUGCUAAGGUACCAAAAGGGAAUCCAUAUCACAGUGCAACUUCUGGAGAAAUGGCCAUAUAUCAAGCUAACAGCCUUAUUCUCAGAAAGGCUGGUGUCCAAAUAGAUGAUCCCGUGAAACAAGUGUUCAAUGGACAAGAGGUGGAGGUGUGGCCUCGAAUCGCAUGGAAGCCAGAAUGGGGGCUGAUUUUUUCAGUGGUCAAAAGCAAAGUUAAUGGAAGCUGCUCCAUCUCUCAAAGAUCUAGCAUGAUUAUUAAGGGGCGUAAUGUCCUCUUGAAGGAUCUAUCUCUAGAUGGCACUCUUGUUAUCAACUCUGUUGAGGAUGCAGAGGUGACAGUGGGAGGUUCUGUGCAAAACAAGAGUUGGAUUCUAGAAAAUGUUGACUAUAAAGAUACAUCGGUGCCUGAAGAAAUCAGGACUAGGGGUUUCAAAGUCAACAAAAUUGAGCAGUUGGAAAAAAAUUAUAGCAAGGCUGGGAAGUUCUGCUUGGAGCCUUGAAAGAUCAACUUACCCGAAAGGAAUACCAAUGUCUAAACUAUUGUCUUCAUUAAUUCAUGCUAAUAAGUUGCUCUUGAAUUCUUGGAUUUUGGCGGAAAUAAAACCUUCUGAUCCCUUUUGUAAGUUGUACAGUCUUCAUAUCUUGAUGAGUGAAUAAAAAAGUGUUGCUUUUCAGUUCUCA